CAGGCGUCAACGCUGCAAUCUCACGAUCCUGACUCCCUGCCUGGCUUCUGUUCACGUUGAAUUCGCAGAUCGGCCCCCAAUCCCCCUCUUGGGACUGGACUCCCCCGUGCUUACUAACCAUGCGCGAUGCCUAACUGAAUAUCGACCUACUACGGAGUAUUGACCUACUAUUCACCAUGGGUUGGGCAGAGCUAGUGGAUAUCUCUACGGCUCUCUCCACGCGUGACACCGUCACCGUGGUUGGGGUGGUCGUCGAUGUCCCUGGAACCCCCAAGCAGACCAAAGGCAACUCGUUCUUUAUAACCUUCACCCUCAAAGAUUCCGAUCUAACCAACGGACAUACGUGGGAUGGAUUGAAAAUCAGAUACUUUCGAGACAAUGAAAGUCAGUUGCCCCCUGUGCAGGUGGGGGACGUGGUUCUUCUGCGCAACAUACAUAUAAAACAGGACUCUAGAGAGAUAUUGGGCGUGGCUGCCCAGUACAAAACGAUUCCAUGGGCAUUGUUUCGUCACAACCCCGAUCCAAUGUCUAGUAUGGCGCCCAUGUGUGGCCCGACGCCUUUUGAGCCAAACUUUACGGAAAAGAAGCUUGCACUGUCUUUACUAGAAAAGAGUCCAAAAGCCAAGGAGUAUCGAAAGCCUUCCGUGGACCGCGUGGCCUCGCAAUCCCACUUGAAGCGCAGCACGUUUUCCACACGCGAUUGCUUCACUCUGGUUAAAGAUGCCAAGUAUAAAACACACGUCGACCUCAUCGGGGAAGUUGUCAAGAUUUACCCCCCUAGCGGCUUCAGAGACAAUAUCGUUAUGUACGUCACUGAUUACACGACGAAUAGACUCCUACCUGAUCAUGACUCCGACGAUGAUGAAAGGGGUCGAGAAGGCGAUGAGUUCAACUAUCAACGCUUUAACAGGAGAAGAUGGACUGGCCCAUCCGGGCAAAGAUCUAUUGCAGUAACUGUCUGGGCACCGCAUUCAUCCUUUGUUCAAGAAAGGGUCAAUGAGGGAGAUCUUAUCUACCUGAGAAACGCUUUCAUUAAACAGAGCAACACCAACAGGAGCAUGGAGGCUGUCAUCGAAACGGGCAAUUCCUACGAUGCUAAAAAUUGCAAAAUCCGCCUAGUAAACGCCAAAGAUGACGAUCGAGCCAAAGAGCUUCUGCGUCGAAAGAAAGAAUACUUGAUCAAAAACCCGUCGAAGCGAAAGCUUGCUCAAGAUGACGAGCCAACGACGCGCUCAAAAAGGGCCAAUAAACAGCCAAAGCAGAAAGCCGAGGCAAAGGAAGAAAACCAGACCUCGAUCGUCUUCAGGAAACAAAACCCCCCCAAUCCAGAGAUCAUUACUGCAUAUAGCAGCUGCAGUGACCGCCCAAUCGAGGAUAUCAUUGCCAACGAAUCACACAACAAUGUCUCUCCAGAUGGCAUUGAAUAUCGUUUCCCAUUCCAAAAUCUCUGCUACCGAUCUAUCGUUCGCGUCGUCGACUUUUUCCCUCAUACGCUUGAGGACUUUGCUGUACCAGAAAGGCAAGAUGAUAGGUCACUUUCCUCUUACGAACGCGAGGAUGCAACCGGCGAACCCUUCAACAGAUGGGAAUGGCGCUUUUGUCUUCUCGUUGAAAGCUCUUACGCGCCAGCCCCGGGACAAACUAAGGAGCAGAUGAAACUGUUUGUGUACGAUGCGGAAGCAGUGCACUUGCUAGGUAUUGACGCAUGCGAUCUGCGAAAGAAACCGGAUGAGCUGGAAAGGGUAAGGGAGAAGCUUUUUAUCCUUUGGGGCGACCUUGAAGAGCAGAAGAGGAAGGCUGCUGGGCAGAGUUAUCAGGUUGCACAGGAUUCGAAGGCUGUCUCGUCGCGGUCUUUUGCUUGCUGUAUCCAAGAGUAUGGAAUCAUGUGUUCCCAUCGUGUUGCUGCUGGCGCCGACCAGGCGAAAAAGGACGAUGGAGUAGAUUCUUGUAGCCACGAGGGCUGCUUUGGAUGGGAGAGGCGGUUCGCAAUGUACCGCACCAAGAUCAGAUAACCGUCUUGGUUAUGUUUUUUCUUCUU